CCUGGUCACAGGACAUGACCCCAGCCAGGUCCUGGUGUUGAGGACAGGAGCUUCACCAGGAGAAGUCCACACCUACCAGAUCCAGAAGCUUCCUGGAGGUGUGUCUCUGGAAUAUUCUAACCUCUGCAUGCCAGACCUGCCCCAUCUCCUGGCCUUCCUAUCAGCCAGCAGGGAUGUUUUGCCCAGAACACUGCUCUUGCCCCCUGCCACCCUAAGGCCUGGAGACCAACACACAGGUCCUCCACAGACUGGCAGUGUCCACCUCAACAUCUCAGAGAGGGUGCUGUCCAUGGUGAACAAGCUCUACCUGGAGACCCACAGAGGGUGGGGGAUGGAGCAGAUCCCCCCGGAGACACCUCCAGAAACUGUAGAAAGACACAGUUCAGCCCCCAGGAACCCUGCCCCUCACCGGGUCUGCUGGGUUGAAGGCCCGCUCAGCCCAGAAGUACACCAUCCUGGGCCAGCUCUGGCCAGCCUGGUGGAGGAGAAAGUGGAGGACAAGGAUGAGGACGAGAACGAGGACAACUACAAAGAUGAAGAGAACGGCCCUGAGGAUGUGCUCACCCAUCACAUCCAGGCUCUGGCCAGGGCCCGGGGCAGCUAUGUGGGCAGGCAGUUCCAGAGCCUUAGGGCACGCCUCACCUCAAAUGCCAGAGGCCCCCACAGGCCUGGGGACCCCGCCACAGAGCUGCUUCAGGAUGUGCGGCACCUCCUUACUGACCUCCAGGAUCACUUAUCAAAGGACCCCAAUGUCAGGGCUGUUUUGGAGAGCAGGGGGCCUGGGGUCCCCCAGAAGGACGAGCAUCUUGGCGCCGCGGUGGAGGCGGCCCUGUGCCGGGCGGUGCUGGCGCCCCUGAAGCCUGCCCUGUGGACGCGACUCCGCACGCUCCGCGCCCAGGAACUGCGGCGACUGCGGCAGCGACAAAUAGCGCUGCGGGCGGGGGCGGGGCCUCCGCACCUCCGGGGGGCGGGGCUCGAGGGGCAGGGCCCCGCCCCCGCCCUGCGGAGCCGCAUCCACGCGCGCCUGGCGCACCUCCACGCCGCCUGCGCCCCACGCCGCAAGGUGGCGCUGCUGCUGGCGGUGUGCAGUGACGUUUACGCGGGCCUGGCUCAGGGCGAGAACCAAGAGCCCCUGGGGGCCGACGCCUUCCUGCCCGCGCUGACGGAAGAACUGAUCUGGAGUCCGCACAUUGGGGAGACGCAGCUGGACGUGGAGUUUCUCAUGGAGCUGCUGGAUCCCGAGGAGCUGCGUGGGGAAGCCGGCUACUACCUGACCACGUGGUUUGGGGCCCUGCACCACAUCGCUCACUACCAGCCCGACGCGGGCCGCGCGCCCCAGGGGAUCAGUUCUGAGGCUCGCGCCUCCCUCCGCCAGUGGCACAGCCGGCGGACGCUGCAUAGACGCGACAGACAGGGCCACGCCGGAGCGCAGGUCAGCCUGCCCUUUGAGGAACCAUGGCGAGAGACCCUGUGCCCCGAGACCAAGGAUGAUUAGGGGUCUCAAACCCUCCUGCUCCUCAGGCAACAUUCCGGAGGCACCAGGACGGCGCUGACUUCUGACCCCUGUUGGCUUAGGUGCAGGGAGGGGGAGGGGGUCCCAGGAACAGACCCACCUCCGGUUUGCCCCUCCUCGUGGCGGGCAGAAUAAUAUUCCCCCAAGACUUCCCCUUCCUAAUCCCCAGAAUCUGGGAGUAUGUUACCUUACAUGGUCAAAGGGACUUUACAUAUGUGACUAAAUUAAGGAUCUUGACAUGGGGGGAUUAUUCUGGAUCAUCCUGGCGGCCCAAUAUAAUCUCCACAGUCCUUACAAGAGGGAGGCAGGAGGACCAGAGUCAGAGAAAGAGAUGUGAUUUUGCAAGCAGAGGUCAGAGUGAUGUGGCCAGGAGCCAAAGCAGGUACCCUCUAGAAGCUGAAAAAGACAAGUGGAUUUUCCCCUGGAACCUCGGGAAGGCUCGGCCUUUGAUUUUAGGCCCGAAGAGCUAUUUUGAACUUCUGACCUUUAGAACUGCAAGAUAAUAAAUUUGUGGGGUUUUUGACCUGC